AUGAACCGAUUCAGCAAGAUCCGACAGUAUUCGACCCUGCUCCAGACGGCAGAAAAGUACUCGGUGCCAACCUACGCCAAACCCAGCGUGAUUCUGACCAAGGGAAAGGGCGCGUACCUGUGGGACAGCAAUGACAACAAGUACAUUGAUUUUUCGGCCGGCAUUGCCGUCACGGCUCUGGGCCACUCCAACCCCGAAAUCACAAAGAUCCUGGCCGAGCAGUCGUCGCAAUUGAUGCACUGCUCCAACCUGUUCAACAACGAGUGGGCUCCCCGUCUGCAGGAGUCGCUAGUGGAGGAGACCCUCAAGAGCGGAGGAAUGAAGGGUGCCAGAAAGGUGUUUCUGGCAAACUCCGGAACCGAGGCAAACGAGGCUGCUCUUAAGUUUGCCCGAAAGGUCGGCACCUUGAGCUCGCCCGAUAAGACGGAGUUUGUCAACUUUGAGAAGGCUUUCCAUGGCCGAACUAUGGGCGCUCUUUCCGUGACCCCUAACCCCAAAUACCAGGCUCCUUUUGCUCCUCUGGUCCCUGGAGUGAAGACCGGCGUCUACAACGACCCCAAGGCUGCCGAUCUCAUCACCGAGAAGACCUGCGGAGUCAUUGUGGAGCCUGUGCAGGGCGAGGGAGGCGUGUACAAGGCCAACGACGAGUUUCUCCAGGCACUGCGAAACAAGUGCGAUGAGGUGGGAGCCAUGCUCAUCUUCGACGAGAUCCAGUGCGGUCUGGGCCGAACCGGACGACUCUGGGCACACGACAAGGUGCAUCCCGAUAUCCUUACCAUGGCCAAGGCGCUGGGCAACGGAUUCCCCAUUGGCGCCACCAUGGUGACUGAGGCUGUGGCCGACAAGAUUGCCAUUGGCGACCACGGCACCACCUACGGAGGUAACCCUCUGGCGUCUCGAGUGGGCCACUAUGUGCUGAGCCAGGUGGCCAGCAAGGAGGUGCUUGACAAUGUGAAGAAGGUGAGCCAGCAGAUUCGAGACGCAGUUGCCGAGGUCCAGGAGGAGUUCCCUGAGCUCAUCACCGAGGUGCGAGGAGACGGUCUGCUGCUCGGAAUCCAGUUCAGCAAGGAUCCUUCCAAGGUUGUUGCUGCUGCUAGAGAGAAUGGUCUUCUUGUCAUCACCGCCGGAACUAACACCGUUCGACUGGUCCCUGCGCUUAACAUUGACCAGGAGGCGGUUACCGAGGGUCUGGAGAUUCUCAAGAAGGCGAUCCGAGACAAUGCCAAGGACUUGUAA